GAUGCCGAUGCCGGCCGCCGCAAAGCGACUCAUUUAGUCAAGAUGGCGACUACCGUGAACGGGGUCUUUCGCGAAGAGCUACGCGAUGCUGUUUUACGUAGCAAGGUGCUCGUUGUCGGCGCCGGCGGUAUCGGCUGCGAGAUUCUCAAGAACCUGGUGAUGUCCGGGUUCGCAGAUAUCGAAAUCAUUGAUCUGGACACGAUUGACGUCAGCAAUUUAAACAGGCAAUUUCUGUUCCAAAAGAAACACGUGGGAAAGUCGAAAGCCAGCAUAGCGUGUGAAACGGCAUUGACAUUUAAUCCGGAUGCUAAAGUGAUAUAUUAUCACGACAGUAUUACAUCAUCAGAAUUUGGUUUGUCUUUCUUCAAGAGGUUCACGGUGGUUUUAAACGCACUCGACAAUAGAGCGGCAAGGAACCAUGUGAAUCGCAUGUGCCUGGCGGCAGACGUACCGUUGAUCGAGUCAGGUACCGCGGGUUACGAAGGUCAGGUUGAACUCAUCAAGAAAGGCCUGAGUCAGUGCUACGAAUGUACACCUAAAGCUGCACAAAAGACUUAUCCUGGUUGUACCAUCCGCAAUACGCCCAGCGAGCCGAUUCACUGCAUUGUGUGGGCCAAACAUCUCUUCAAUCAAUUAUUUGGGGAAGAGGAUCCCGAUCAGGAUGUUUCUCCAGACACCGCUGAUCCUGAAGCAACAGAUACAGCAGGGGAAGGAGCUUUACAGGUGGAAUCCAACGAUAAAGGUAAUAUCGACAGAAUUUCCACGCGAGUUUGGGCCCAGUCCUGCAAUUACGAUCCAGAAAAGCUAUUUACAAAGCUUUUUCACGAUGAUAUCAAGUAUCUGUUGAGCAUGGACAAUUUGUGGAAAAAGCGCCGACCUCCAACGCCACUAAAUUGGAAAGAAUUACCAGACGGAGUGGCUGGAUGCAGCAAAGAGAUCAAUCAGCCUGGGCUGAAGGACCAGCAGCGCUGGAGCAUUUCCAAAUGCGGCUCGACCUUUGCGGAAUCGAUGAAAAACUUGAGUCAGACAUUGAAAGUGUCUCAAGAAAAAUCGCCAGGCAAUCACUUGGUCUGGGAUAAGGACGAUCAGCACGCUAUGGAUUUUGUUGCAGCGUGCGCCAACAUUCGUGCGCACAUCUUCGGAAUUCCUCAGAAAAGCAGAUUUGAUAUCAAAUCAAUGGCUGGCAACAUAAUCCCGGCGAUCGCCACUACCAAUGCUAUCAUAGCGGGCAUGGUGGUCCUUCAUGCAUUCCGGGUUCUUGAGAACAAUCUGCGAGCCUGCAGAUCCGUCUAUCUACGUUUGAAGAUGAAUCACCGUAAUCAACUGCUGGUCCCAGAAAAGGCGGUAAAUCCACCCAAUCCACAAUGUUAUGUUUGCGCGCCGACUCCACAGGCCGUGCUGGCGGUCGACACCUCCAGCAUGACUAUUAAGGAACUAGAGGAGUUGGUGCUCAAGAAUAGACUGAAUAUGAUCGCCCCCGACGUCAUGAUCGAUGGAACUGGUGCCGUCGUCAUUAGCAGCGAGGAGGGCGAGACGGAGGGCAACAAUGACAAGAAAUUGGAAGAAUUGGGAAUCAAGGAUGGAGCGAUUCUCAAGGUCGACGACUUCCAGCAGAACUAUUCGCUGACCGUCUUUGUAGUUUAUCGGGAGAAACCUGGCCCGAAGGACGAUAGUCCGCAAUUUUUGAUACUAGCAGAUAAGAAUACGCUUCAACCGAAGGAAAAGGAGGAAGAAGAGAAAACGGAGAAGUCUUCCAGCUCUAAUGGACAGAACGUGACUGAAACGUUGGAAGUAUCUAAGAAGCGCAAAACUGAUGCUGAAGAUGGGGUGGAAACUAAGAGACGCAAGGUGGAAGUUGAUAAUGGCGAUGAUAGCAAUGAUAUUUGCAUUAUCAGUAACGACGACUCACCUCAUGAUAAUGCGUGCGAAUUGAAGAAAUCAGUGCUGAGGGAUCGAAAGCUUUCCGACGACACUGAUUGCCUGAUAGUUUGCGACGACGAUUAAUUGCGAGAGCAAGAGAUGAGCUUCAAAAACAAGUGAGAGAUAUGGUUCGAAGUAGAAAGCAUUUGGAAACAUUUCAAGUUCAAAACGAGAUAAAAAUAAAGAGAUGAAAAGGAAUCAAGAAAGAUUUUGAAGAACAUAGGAGGAACGGAAAGUAGGAAAAUAUAAGAAAUAAGACAAAUUUGUGUGAAAAAUUAAGAUUAAACGCUGUUUCUAGCAUAAUUUAUAGAGAGAUAAAAUUUCAUUUUUUUAGCCCCUUUCUAUUAGUGAUAUCUAAGGUUUAUGCAGUAAUUAAUUUAAUUUUGUAUAUUGACAAAUAUAUAUUAUCUAUGUAUUAUCAUAAGGUCAUAAUUGCUGUCAUUACUGUCAUUAUAGUGAUCAUUAGAAAAGAAAAA